AUGGUAAUACCACUUUUCGGUUUGUUUAACAAGUGUAGUGAGUCAUUAUAUAGCAGUAGCAAUGAUAAUAAUAAUAAUAAUAAUAAUACUAAUAAUAAUCAUAAUAAUAAUAAUAAUAAUAAUAAUAAUAAUAAUAAUAAUAAUAAUAAUAAUAAUAAUAAUAAUAAUAAUAAUAAAAAUCAUACAAAUAAAAAUAAUAUAGAAGUUAAUAAAUCCUUCCAAAGUCAAAACCAUAGUUCACAGAAUAAAAAGAAAGGAAAAAUCCAUUCUCAUUUCACUUCAAAAAAUAUUUCACCAGAAUUAUCAAAAUUGUUAGUAUCAACCGAGAAAAAAAAUGAAUCAAAUAAUAAAAAUGUGGAAUUAAUCAAUAGAACCAUUAAUAUUAGUAAUCAUAAUAAUAACUUUCAUGCUAAUAAAGUUCCUUUUCAACCUCCAAAUUUAACCAACCCAGUUCCAACAUCUAGUCUAAAUAAUGAUAAUAAUAACAAUAACAAUAAUAAUAAUAAUAAUAAUAAUAAUAAUAAUAAUUAUCAUUUCUAUACUAAAAAUGAAAAUCCAACUUAUCAUAAUUUAUUAAAUAAAGUUUCCAAUAAUAAUGUUAAUAGUAAUAAAAGUGUCGAUAAUUAUAAUACUUCAAGAAAUACCAAUAAUGAUAAUUACAUUUAUGAUAGUAAUCAUUCAACACCCACUAUUAAUGUUAGUAAUUAUAACAAUAGUAAUAAUAAUUAUAACUACCAUCCAUCAUCAUUAUCAUCAUCAUCAUCAUCAAAAUCAUUAUAUUAUAAUAAUACCCUACAAAAUAUUUAUUUAAUUGAAAGAUUACUGCCAAUUUAUAACAAUGAUAAUAGUAAUAAUGCCACAAAUAAUAAUCAAAAAAAUAAAAAUAUAACUAUAGAUUUUAUAAAAAAUAAUAAUAAUAAUAAUAUUAUUCAAAAUGAUAUUGCCGAUUUUAAUAAUAGCGAGCAGUUUGGGUGUUCAAUUGAUUGGAAUACAUAUUUUCAAAAGUUAUUAUUACUACAAGAAAAUGAUCAAACAAAGAAAUAUGAAAAAUAUAAAGCAAUCUCAGCACUUUCAAAAGAUUUUAUUCAUACUGCAACUACAUAUGGCAAAAUUAUUAUCGAAGAGGCAUUUAUAAAUGACAAGUUUAAAACUAUUAAGCCGGUACCAGUGGGCGGUAAAGCAGGUGGUGUUAAAUAUGCAUACAAUGGUAUACUAUUCAAAUUUGCUCAAGAUUGGAUUAAAAUCUAUAGUGGUGAUGAAUUUUCAAUGAAGAGUGCAAACCAUGAAUUGAAGAGUGUCAUGCGUUACUUUGGUUGCGAAGGUUUGCAUGUACCAUUGAUGGCAUUGUUAAGCUAUCGUGGUUUCACAUUAGUUGCCAUCUCUUUCUUACCAAUCAGUAGAGUCAAUGAAACUUUAGUAUAUGGGUCCCACAAUGCCGGUAUUACUGUUCAUGCAUCAAACGAAGAUUUUAACGAAAAGAUGAAACUUGCAGCAAAGAAACUUAAUAUUAAAGGUCAUAUAGCAGGUGUUGAUGGUCAGCAGUUUUUGUAUGGUCCAGCUGAUAUCGAAGGUCAUAUUGGUACUGAUGGUCUUUAUUAUGUCUUGGAUUUUGCAAGAGUAUUCCCACCAACCAUCGAUUCAAUUUUAGAGCAAAACGAUUUGAACCAUAGCCAUAGCGAAGAUGAAGAGGAUCACCAUCGUAACGAAACUUAUCUCUAUAAAUUAUUUAGACCAGAAUUUGUACAAAAUUAUCAAAAGCCAUUAUCAAGUGAUGCCUAUUCUCCAUUCUGCAAAAAGGAUGAGCUCAAUAGAUAUGAAAACAAUCAAGAGGUUAGAGAAGCUACUCAUUAUCUUUUUUAUAUGUAUAUACCAAAAAUUUCAAAAUGGAUCGAGUCCAAUGCUACAACAAUCGAUUGGCAUUCACGUUUAACUGAAAUCAUUCACAGAGAAGGUAUCAAUGUUCGUUAUUUGGGUUUAAUUCGUCAAAACAUCAAGGAUUCAAUAUUAAGAGGUAUCUUACUCUCAGAAAUUAUUGCAAGAGUUUUAAAAAAUUUGUUAAGAGCCGAAUUACGUGAAAAAAUGAAGAAGUUAAGAUCUCUAGAGGCAGACUCAUAUACUCAAGUAGUAAUUGAUUUUUUUAACAUAGUUUUAGGUGAUCCAAUUCAUUCUCAUAAAAAACUAUGGUCAAAUUUAAAAAACGAAAUUUUAUUAAGAUUUAACGAUUCACUUACUGAUCAAGAAAAAGAAGAAGGGUUUUUUUUAAUGGAUUCAAUCGAUACCUACCAUGUAUUUUUAAGAAUUCAACAAAUGACUGGUAUAAAAUUAGGCGAGGAAUCAAUGUUAGAAUUUAAAAAAGAUCCAAAAUCUUUUAGAGUUGUUUUAUCAGAUAUAGUUGGUAUGGAUGUUAAAGUUAAGCACAUGAAUAUCAUAAGUUUAGCAGAAGGUAAUGCAUUAUCGUUGCAAUGUAUGAAACUAGAGGGACAACCUGGAAGUGAAAGAUUAUUUAAAUUAGCAACUGAUAAAUUUGAAGAAGCAAUUAGAUCAACACCAGAUAACAAAGCAAUUUUAAACGAAUAUGCCAUGGUAUUAAAACAAUUAGCAAUGUCAGUUGGUAGACGUGACUGUAUAAAUUAUUUACAAAAAUCAUAUUCAAACUUCUUAUUGGCUCAAAAUCAUUAUGGUUUAAUGGAAUUAGGUGAUCAAUUAAUAAAUCUAUAUUUAAAUUUUGAAAAUAAUAUGAAAUGUAAUCAAAAUAGUAAUAGUAAUAAAAAUAAUGACAAUAUAAACUUUAAUAUAAACAAUUGUAAUAAUUAUAAUAAUAGUAUCAAUAAUAAUAAUGAAGAUGGUGAUCUAUGGUCAAUUAAAGAUUACUUGGCUUAUUUAUCAGAGAAAUGUUACUCAUCAGUAUCUAAUUGGGGUUUACAACAAAAUCAAUUUAAUUCAUUAAUUUUUGACUAUUUUUUAAAGAGUAAUCAACAAUCUCAACAACAACAACAACAACAACCACAAAUAUUAACUCAAAGCCAACUAUCAUCUUCAUCAUCUUUAUCAAACUCAAAUUCAUCAAAUAAAACCUCAAUAUUCUCAAAUUCUACAAGUAACAAUUUGGUAAUUUUAAGAACUUUUGAAAUCGAUCCAAUGUUAAGAUGCAUGGCUUUUUUAAAAUUAGGUAAUUUAAUUAUUAAAGUAUCAAAAAAGAAGAAAUCAAAUCAGCUAUUAUUGGAAUCAUCAAAAUUUUUUAAAGAAGCUUUUAAAAUUAUAUUAAGUAAUGAACUUUUAUCUAAAAUUUUACCCAUUCAAAGAGAUAUUUUAAACAAAUCAGAUUUACAGAUUUUAUUAUAUUCAAUUUUGUUUUUAAAUUUUGAUCAACAAGAUCAAGAUAAUAAUAUAGAUCAACAGCAAGAUCAAUCAAAUAACCAACCCCAAUCAUUUAAUACAAUCAAUUUUAAUAAUAAUUAUCAAAAAAAACAAUAUUUAUAUAAACAGUUUCCAAAAUUUAAUCAUAAAAUUAAAACAUUAUCAACUGAAUUAUUUCAAAAGAAUUUAAUGGAACCUCAAUUUUUAGAAUAUUUAUCAAAUAGGUACCAAUUUACAAAAAUACUACAAGAAAUUUCCUUAAGAAAGUAUAGCUAUCCAUCCAAUGUAUAUGGCGAUGUAGUUUAUAAAAGUUUAAGUCAUUUUAAAUAUUUACUAAAAUUAAAUCUAUCAAGUUGUACAACAAUAACCGAAGAUUCUUUUUCAAUGUUGGUUACCAAGUUAUCAAAACUUCAAAGUGUAAAUAUUUCAAAAACCUGUAUUGAAACCAAAGGUAUAAUAGAUUUACUAUCAAAUUGCCAUGACUUGAAGAGAUUAAAAGCAAGAAAAUGCAGAAUAGAUAACAAAGAUUUGGAAGAAUUGUUCUUUGAUAAAAUGAAAUUCAAGGGUAAAGUCUUUAGAAAUAUGUUGUGUAUUAAUUUUUCUUUUACCGAUUUCGAAUCUUUGGGUUCACUGUCAACAUUAAUGCCAAAUUUAAAACAUGCAUAUUUUUCAAAUUGUCCACGUAUUACUCCUUUACAAUUUAACCAAUUUAGUACAAAUUGUAGACAAAUAGAAAAGGCAAAAUUUUCAGGUUGUUCAGGUUUAGAUGAUGAAUCAAUUGCUUCUUUCUUAAAGAGAUCAAUAUCUACAUUGAAAUCCUUAAACAUUUCAACUUCAAAAAUCUCCCAUUCGCCCAUCAUCAACUAUUUAAAGAUUUGUCAAUCUAUUCAACAUCAAAUUCAAAUUGGUCUUUCCUCCAAACUCUUAUUAGAACAUUUAGAUUUAUCUUUUUGUAAAAUUAAACAAGUUACAAGCCCAUCCAUUUAUUUAUUAAAACCAUUCGAUUUAGAUGCCCCUAUCCCUCUAUCUACUCUAGGCACCAACUUAGUUUCAUUAAAUCUUUCAAACACUGGCUUAGAUAAAUUUGUAGUUCUCAAUAUUUUAAAUAACUGUUUAAAGAUUGAAAUAUUGCUAUUCAAUAAUAAUGAUGAUCAAUUAAAUAAUAAUUUAUUACAAACAUCAAAUAAUCAUUUGAUUAAUAACAGUAGCAAUAACAAUAAUAAUACCAAUAACUUUAAAAUUAUACCAAAUGAAUUAAAAUUAAAAAGAAUUGAACUAUCUGGCUCAUUACUCCCAUGUUCGUUUUAUAUCGAAUUAAUAGAAAAAUCAGAUAAAACUUUAGAGCAUAUUGUCUUAAGCAAAUGUUUAGAAUUAAAUCAACAGUUCUUUUCAACUUUAAUUACAACAUCAAUUCCAUCAAGAUUAGAGACUUUAGAUGUCAGCUAUUGUAAAUCUGUAGAUGAUAUAGUUACCGAUAUAUUUUUACCAUUUUGUAAAAAUUUAAAAACCUUGGUACUAUCUGGCUGUAACUUAAUUACUGACUCCACCGUAAUCUCAAUUGCAAAUCAUUUACAUCAUCUUCAAGAUUUAGGUUUAAAGAAGUGCCAAUUAAUUUUUUCUCUUCACCAUCUAAACUCGACAAGUUGCCCAGAUUUAAAAUAUGUAGAUUUAACGUUAUCAGAAAAUGUUUCCGAUCAAUCUUGCUCAAGUUUAUUACAUUUAUCAAAUAUUAGAUCAUUGAAUCUUUAUGGUUGCAAAAAGGUUACCGAUGAAACACUUAGAAAUUGUAAUAAUCAUCCAACUUUAAAGACAUUGGUAUUAGGUUUAAACAAAACUUCCAAUCCUGCUAUUGAGAACUUAUCCCUUAGAAAUCCAAAACUAAAGGUUAUAGUUUCUGCAGGUUUACCAAACCAACACUCAUCAUUCUCUUUAUCUUUAUCUUCAACUCCAAACUUUGGUGGCUUAUCAAUAUCAAACAAUCUAACAAAAAGCUUAAGUAAUGAAAAUUUAUUAUCUCCCUCAAAGGAUAGUGGUGGCAUGACCCAGUCAUUAUCAUCAAGUAAUUUUUUGUCGAUAUCCUCACAGAGCUCAGCAUCCAAUGGCACAUCUGCAUCCCCAUUAUCGACAACCACGUUAAUUACCCAACCUCAAUCACCCUCAACAUCAUCUUCUUCAUCUAUAUCUUCAUCUACUACAAUACCAAUCUCUGCAUCGACAAGUUAUUUAUCAUCUUCCUCCUCUUCAUCAGCCUCACCAAUUGUUUCACAACAAACAUUAAAAUCCCUUAUGGAAGAUUAUAAAGAAUUAAUAAAGAAUCCAAUAUCAUUAGUAAGUGCAAGGCCAUUAGAGGGUGAUAUUUUGACAUGGCACGUUAACAUUGUUGCACCUGAUGACUCUCCAUAUGAAGGUGGUAUCUUCCAUAUUGAAUUAAAAUUCCCAUCUAAUUACCCAUCAAGCGCUCCAAGUGGUACACUUUUAACACCAUUUCCACACCCACAUAUUCAUGAUGGUGGUAGAAUUUGUUUAGAUAUCCUCAGUGAUUUCCAAUCAUACUUCCAAGGUCACCAAGCUCAGGGUAUGAAAUCGACUGGUUGGUCAUCUGCAUAUAGAGUGUACACAAUCCUAAUUCAAAUCCAAACUUUUCUUGUAACAAUUGAUAGCGAAGAAGAUUUUCAACUUCAAGAAAUUUUAUCCAAAAUUCCAAAUGCUAUUGCAAUUAGUAAAAAUUUUAAAUGCAUAACAUGUGGUCAUUGUGCUAGUUCCCCAUUCCCAGAAUUAAGAGACUACAAAUAUACUGAUGACACCAGUAUAUCCAGAGCAAUGGAACCAUUAAAUAUUUCAAAUCAAAUCAAAUACAUUACACCAGAGUCACAUGCCAUAAAAAAUAAAAUUAUCUCAAUAGAAAUGAAUGAAGAAGAAAAGAUUUUAUUAGAAAAGAAAAGAAAAGAAAUUGAAGAAAAAUAUAUCAAGACCAUCGAAUCUGAAUUGUUUUGCUUCCACAAUAGAACUUCAUUUAAAGAGGACAUUUUAGGUAUUUUAGUUUCCAUAACAAAGAAUAAAAGGAAUAAAAUUGAAGAAAUUAAAUGUUCAUUCGAUUUAUUAUCACUCACAGCUUUUAGUCAAGGUGUUAGAAAUUCAAUAUUAAAAGAAAACAACUUUACACAUUGGUUACCAUUAUAUUUAAAUGUUGAGCAUGGAGAGAAAGCAUGGCCUUAUUUAGAAGCCUCCAUUUCCGAUAUUUUUGGUAAGAAAUUUACUCCAGAUUUAGCAAGCCAAUUUAUAGCAAUUGCAAUGAAUACAAUCUGUGUUUUAAUGAUGAAAGGUGCAGUUCAUGCCAGUACCAAACUAUUAGAAGGUUAUUGCUCAUUCCAUCAAUUGUUUUUAGUGUUGGUUAAAAAAUAUCCAAGUUUGCUAUCAGAAAUCAAUACACAUGUGUACAACUUUAUUCAUGUUCCAGAGUUUAGUACCAAAAAGCAUACUCCAGCUUUAGGUGAAUUUUUACCACUACUUACUGUUUCGGACUAUAAAUGGGGCGAUGUUUCGCGUGUAUAUAUCGAUGAAAAUUUCGAUAGAAAUGUAUUUUGGGUACUAAAAAAGAAUCCUGAAUUUGCCUGCAUCGAACCAAAUCUAUAUAUUGAUCAAAAUAGAGCCGCUGCCACUUUUGAAAUUACUCAUGUCUCAAUUCAUCUUUUAAUGUUCCAUGUUUACUUUUUAAAGAAUGUAGCUCGUCCUGAAGGUGCAAGUUUAGAUAAAAUUGCAGCACAAUAUGACCGUCUUAUGGGAAGACCCCCACCUCAUAUUCGUGAUAAUCUCCAAAAAGAAGUUAAAGAAAUUAUGAGAGUUACAACAUGGAAUGAAUUUUUCAAUAAAAUAGGUAUCGCUCCACCAGAAGAAGUUGGCCUAAUUAAUUGGUUAAGAACAUCUGUUGAAAACUCUUUAAGAAAAAACUAUCACCAAGCAAAAUUCUUUAAACCAAAUUUAUUAUUAUCCUUAGAUUCAAACAAUGAUAAACCAUCAUCUCCAUUACAGAAACAACCACAGAAACAACCUCCCCAAAAACACCAACAAAAACCCCAAAAUAAUAAUACCGAUGUUGAUAUAGGCGAAGAUGUCCUCGAGGAUUUAGAUUUAUUUUUAUCAGGAAAAGUACAAUCACCAAAACAGAAAUCCCAACCCCCUUCAUCAGUUUGGAGCUAUAAUUUACUAUCACCCAAUGAUGAUGAUGAAAGUGACGACACUAUUGGAUUAAGAACAAGUAAUACCAAUAAUAAAAAUGAUGAAAAAGCUUAUCCACCUCUUUCAAUUUCUUCAAAACCAUUUAGAUUAAAAACAAACACCAAUAACAUCAAUCAAAAUAACAAUAAUAACAAUAAUAACUUUAACAACUAUAACAACCAUAACUAUAAUAAUAAUAAUAAUUAUAAUAACUAUAAUAAUAAUAAUAACUAUAAAAAUAAUAAUAAUAAUAAUGAAAAAGAAAUAUGCAGAUUCUUUUUAAAAGGAAAUUGUAAAGCAGGCGAUAGAUGCAAAAAGUCACAUAAUAUUGAUAAUAAUAAUAAUAAUAAUAAUAAUAAUGUUUUUAGAAAUAGAAAUACUUUUAAAAAAUAA